GGAAGAUCAUUUCAACGGCCACUGCAUCCUGGGAGAUUUCGUGCCUCUCUUUUAUUUCUUAUGUGUAUCUUUAUCACAUUACAUUGUUAGUUCGUUUCUGGGACCAUGAGUGCAAGUGGACUGCUCCGCAAAGAUCAACUUGAACGCAGUUUCCAUGAUGAGAAGAAGUUGAUUGAGGAAGGCAUCCUCAAGGAAGACAAUCCGCUUGACUUCAGCGAGAACUUCCAGAAACUAUGUGCCGCUUGCAGGCGAGGCGACCUCAAGGUCUGCCAGGAAAUGAUACAAGAAGGUGUCAACAUUAAUGCCAAAGACCAAUACGAUUAUACACCUCUCAUUCUGGCCAGUCUGUGUGGCCACUAUGAAGUGGUCCAGCUGCUCCUAGAGUCUGGAGCAUUAUGUGAACGGGAUACAUUCCAGGGUGAAAGAUGCCUUUAUAACGCCUUGAACGACCGGAUACGAAACUUGUUAUUACAAUACGACUAUUCCAAAUCGACUGACCCAUUGCAACCAUUAGCAUCGCACUUGGUGUCGCUUUUGACUAGAGAGCAUCCCAAGACUUCCGACAUUACGGUCUCGACGAGCACAGAAUCAUUCCAUCUGCAUAAAUUCAUUCUUUCUGCACGCUCACCCUACUUUCGAAGUAAACUCGCAGCGGCCCCCGAGACGACAACCUGGAAACUGCCCCCGACUAUACCUCCUCCAUCGUUUGGCAUCGCCCUCAAGCAUUUAUAUCUCGGUGAGCUGCCGAGGGAACCUGGUGGCGGACCGGGAACGGGCUACACGGACUCGGAGGUUCUGGCUGGUGUCGACCGAAUCAGCAAGCACCUAGAAAUACAAAGCCUAUCUCACUUAAUUCUCGAUAGCAGUGACCGCCGCCUCGCCCGGCAGCGACGGCAAGACGAAGUCGAGAAAGGCCGCGACCAAUUGGAGCUCUGGUUUCGAGAGAACGUCCUUAAACAUGCCAUCGAGACCGACACAACCCGAGCCGACUCGAUCAAAUGGGAUCGCGACAACGGCGUAUUUGCCGACAUUCUCCUCCGCGCCGAUGCCGACGAAGCCCAGGACCAAGAUGAUAACCAGACCAAUGAAGAUGGAGGUGUGCGACGCCAACGACGCUUCGCCGAGGACUCCUCACAACAAUCUCCUCCGACGAAUGUGCUCGGGAUCCCACUGGACAGGGGCUCAGGAUCGACCUCGACCUCACUGUCACCCUCACCAUCACAAACAUCGUCUCGGUCACCAUCACGGUCGUCGCCUCGAUCUCGUCCGCGCCGGACCAAAAUCUACCCAUGUCACAAGGCCAUGCUGAUCCGGUCCGAGUUCUUUAUGACCAUGUUUGACUCGUCGUUCCGUGAAGCACAGGAGACGCCACACCUGCAGAUCGUGCCGAUCGACUGCUCGCCCGAAGUGCUCGAGAUCAUCCUGACGUUUCUGUACACGGAAAGGGCGGAUUUUGGCCUCGACGUGGCGGUCGACGUGCUCUUUGCGGCCGACAUGCUGUUCCUGGAGAAGCUGAAGGCCAAGGCAGCCGUGGUCAUUUCGACGCUCGGCAACGGCACCGCGACCGCCAUGCCCUCGGAGGCCGAGCCGGGCCGUGAAGACGUCGACCUCGACAUCUACGAGAUCCUCCGUGCCGCCUGGCUGACCCGCGUCCAGCGCCUCGAGGAGUUUGCCGCCCGCUACAUCGCCUACCGGCUCGAGUCGUACAUUGACGAUCCCGGGUUUGCGGAACUCGUCAGCGAGUCUGCCGCCCGUAUCAGUGCCCGUCAAGAGACCGACUCGAUCGAGUUGCUCGACGAUAUCCGCUACUACCUGUCUGAGCGGUUUCGUUUGCGUUUCGAAGACUCGGGUCUCGAGGACGUCAUGGAUGAGGACCAGGCCAUCCUUGCCCAGCAAGAGCAACAGCGACAGCAACAUGAACAAGAAGCCGUUGCCGUAUCCGAUACCACAGAAAAGAAGAUCUCUUCAGCGCCAGUGUCGCUGCCUUAUAGGGACGCCGUCCAUCGGUUCCCGGACGGAGACCAACAGCAUGUACAGCCACCCGUUGAUGACGAAGGCGUCGACAUGACUGCACCGCCGGAGAAGUCAGAUGCAGCUGCAGCUACAGCUGUAUUUGUCCCCAGCGAGGCGAUGCUUCCUGCUGGCGCGGUGCGGACCUUGGACGGCAAAGUCGCCGGCGACGAGUUUGCCGCAGACGCCGUAAACUACCAGAUCCUGCUGAACAAGAUCGACGCACUUUUGGAAAGGCUGAAACUGGACGCCUAAGGCCAUAUACUAGUAUCCAUCCAUCUAUCUGCUUGGUUGUGGUUCCUUGUACAUAGGAUAUUACUGACCUGACCACCCAAGCUCAUUACUGACCGGGCGGAGAGAAAGGGCGCCGUCAAAGCCAACUACUGUUAAAUAAACCAACCGCCUUACCUUGGAACUUUAUACCAUAGCGAAUGAACGAGACACAUACAUCGCUGAUGCACUUUAUAAAGUCUCGGGUUGUACUUGUCACAAUCUAGUAUGUCAUUUCCUUCCUGCCCAUACAAUGGCCAUGUAGCACAACAACGACUAGCUACCCUAAGCUACGUGUGAGCACGCUUUUGGUGCGAUGAGUCGAUUCUGUCUGCCAAUUUUCCGUUUCCACUUGCUCCCCUGGCCAUCCCGAAUAUUGCUGUUGUCACAUGGAGGAUUGCAAAUGCAUCAGACAGAAAA